AUGCCUGGACCAACAUACCGGAUUGCCUCGAUACCCGGGGAUGGGAUAGGCCCUGAAGUGAUCAGUGCUGGGAUAACAGUGCUGAAGAAGCUGGCCUCGUCCCUGAACAAGUUUGAGCUGGACUUUGAGACCUUCGACUGGAGCAGCGAGUACUACAAGAAACAUGGCAAAUAUCUACCGGAUGAUGCCUUGACUACGCUGAAGAAGUUUGAUGCCAUACUCUUCGGGGCCGUGGGGGCACCUGAUGUCCCUGACCAUAUAUCACUCUGGGGCCUGAGACUCGCCAUCUGCCAACCCCUACAGCAGUAUGCCAAUGUACGGCCAACCAAGAUCUUCCGCGGCACCCAGUCCCCGCUCCGAGCUCGCUCGCCCGGCGACCUGGACUGGGUGAUCAUUCGCGAGAACUCCGAGGGCGAGUAUGCAGGUCAAGGAGGCCGCAGCCACGCCGGCCGGGCCUGGGAGAUAGCCACAGAGGUAUCGGUCUUUACUCGGCACGGGGUGGAGCGGAUUAUGAGAUUUGCGUUUGAGACGGCGCGGAGUCGAGACAGAAAGCUGCUCACGGUGGUGACGAAGAGCAAUGCACAGCGGAAUGGGAUGGUUCUCUGGGACGAGGUGGCGACCAUAGUAGCUGAGGACUUCCCGGAUGUGACGUGGGAUAAGAUGCUGGUGGAUGCCAUGACCGCGCGGAUGGUGUUGAAGCCACAGAGCCUGGAUACCAUUGUGGCUACGAACCUGCAUGCCGAUAUUCUAUCAGAUCUGGCGGCGGCCCUUGCAGGCUCCAUUGGAAUAGCACCCACGAGCAACCUCGAUCCGACACGCGAGAACCCGUCAAUGUUCGAGCCCAUCCACGGCUCUGCAUUCGACAUAACCGGGAAAGGCAUUGAACAAGCCAACCCGGUAGCAACCUUGUGGACGGCAUCAGAGAUGCUGCACUGGCUCGGGGAGAAAGAGGCGGCCGCUCUCCUGCUGGAAUGUGUCGAGGCCGUGUGUGAGAAGGGGGUGGCCACGCCAGACCUGGGAGGCCAGCAGACGACUGCCGAGGUGACAGGUGCCGUGUGCGAGGAGAUUGAGGGCCGGUUGGGGAGGUAA